AGAUUUGUAUAAUUAAUUGAUAUAUUUUUGUUCUAUUUUAUCAAAUAAAAUAUUGAUUUUUUUUUAUGUUUAGACAAAAAAUAAUUUAUCUAUUGAUAUUGUCGCGAAGACAAUAUAACAUAAUAGUUGAUAGACGAUUUACUAUAAGCAUAAUAGAUAAAUAAAUAUAGUAAUAAAAUUUGUUUCGUAGCUCUCUCCACAUGUUAUAAUAUAGUAAAUUAUAAUGUUUUAAAAUUUCUUACAUUAUAAUCACUCUAUAUAAGCACAGGGACUUUUACUUCAAUAAAUAAAUACAUUAACAUUUGAGAUAAAUUUUUGAUUGAAAAAGAAUGAGUCUAUCUGAUUGAGGUGAGACGUAAGUUUUUAUGUGCUUUGCCUAUAGUAAAUAUUAUGAUGACCUUGACCUUGGACAGGUUGCAAGUAAGACGUAUUUUGAAGCAUCGCUAGUCGAGUAUGAAUAUUUAAAUAUGGCAGACAUUGAAUAUGUAGUUAAACAGCUAUAAAAUAUCGAAGAAAUAUCGUGUUAUCGUAUUUAAAGAAGAAACGUAUUAUACAGACGUAACUUAAACAAAUGGAGCGAUUAGAUAAUAUAUAUUACGCACAAUACGCGAAUAAACAAUAUGCGAGUGAACCUAUUUACGAUUCAGAUAAUGAACAAAUAGAUAAUCGUGAUGAAUCUAGAUACAUGCAGUGGAGAAAUAAGGAGGAAACAUUAUACGAAGAUUGGUUAAUACAGCGACAUGACUUGCAAACAACAUAUCAAAAGAGAGUGAAAGAUAUACUAAUACAAUCGGGCAAAAAUUUUGUAAAAUAUAUAUGCAAGUAUAAAGGGAACAGCAAAGUACUUGGCACAGAUAUUUUUAAAUUCAAGAUAACAAUCGUAUAUUGUAGUUCCCGACGUAAAUGGUACAUCAGUCCAGGCUACUCUUUUGUACCAGAAGUGAUCGAUCUCAAAGGCAAACUUAAAUCUGGCGCGUAUUAUCCUAUCUCUGAAAAAAUAUUGAAUAUAAUUUACGAAAUGAAACGAUCGAUAGAUGCUUACAUGAAUCGCUUUGCCAUUGUACAUCAAUUCGUGUAUAAUGCGAGAAAAAUUUAUAAAGAUAUGCAAUUUUCCAUUAAUUCUAAUUCCAUUACAGAAAUAGAAUUAAUAUUUACAGAAAAUGCGUGGCCAAACGGUCUACGAAAAUUAAACAUCAGAGACACAAUUGUUGUAAAACUAACGUUAAAUGAAGAUAUUCAAGUUUGCAGUGUCACCUACGAGUAUAGACGCACUCAAGCAUUGAAAGAUAUAAAAGAAGAUAAUGAUAAAUUAAAAUUAAAAUUGAAAAAUUUUUACUAUUUCCCCUUAGAGAUGGCAUUUAAAAGAUUUAUGGAGGAAGAAAAUUUUUGUAUAGAACAAGAAAAUUCAAAGAGCAGAAUUUAAAGAGAGGAUUGUUAUUAUAGAUGUGAUCAUGUGUUAUUAUAUAUAUUAUCAUAGAUGUAAUCAUGUGCAUUUGUUUAAAUUUAUAUAAAAUUUUCCCUAUAUUCA